AAUUGCCCAGAAUGGAAAACUCUACCUACCAGGGAAAUUAUACUUCCAGAGAAAUGCUAGGGUGAAAAACAGGGUAAACUAACAGUACAAAGUUAAUACGCUAUUAAUCAUAGUCAUUCUUUGUGACAUCUAUUAGAGAAUGCUAGGGUUGCUGGUGUCUGGAGACCGUUCGUGCUGAGUGAUAUGACCAUUCCUAGAGGUACUUUCCUUUUGCCCCAGAAUCAGGGAAUCCUGAGUGCAGCCCAUGAGGCCCUCCUCAACCAAGUGAAUGAGCUCAGGGCAGAGCUGAAGGAAGAAAGCAAGAAGGCUGUGAGCUUGAAGAGCCAACUGGAGGAUGUGUCUAUCUUGCAGAUGACUCUGAAGGAGUUUCAGGAGAGAGUUGAAGAUUUGGAAAAAGAACGAAAAUUGCUGAAUGACAAUUAUGACAAACUCUUAGAAAACAUGCUGGACAGCAGUAGUCAGCCCCACUGGAGCAACGAGCUCAUAGCAGAACAGCUGCAGCAGCAAGUCUCUCAGCUGCAGGAUCAGCUGGAUACUGAGCUGGAGGAGAAGAGAAAAAUUUUACUUGAGCUGUCCAGGGAGAAAGCCCAAAAUGAGGAUCUGAAGCUUGAAGUCACCAACAUACUUCAGAAGCAUAAACAGGAAGUAGAGCUCCUCCAAAAGGCAGCCACAAUUUCCCAACCUCCUGACAGCCAAUCUGAAGCAGCCACUCACCCAGCUGUGUUGCAAGAGAAUACUCAGAUCGAGCCAAGUGAACCCAACAACCAAGAAGAAAAGAAACUGUCCCAGGUGCUAAAUGAGUUGCAAGUUUCACAUGCGGAGACCACAUUGGAACUAGAAAAGACCAGGGACAUGCUUAUUCUGCAGCGCAAAAUCAACGAGUGUUAUCAGGAGGAACUGGAGACAAUGAUGACAAAAGCUGACAAUGAUAAUAGAGAUCACAAAGAAAAGCUGGAGAGGUUGACUCGAUUACUAGACCUCAAGAAUAACCGUAUCAAGCAACUGGAAGAACAGCUCAAAGAUGUUGCUUAUGGCACCCGACAGUUGCCAUUAUGUUUGGAAACACUGCCAGCCCAUGGAGAUGAGGACAAAGUGGAUAUUUCUCUGCUGCAUCAGGGUGAGAAUCUUUUUGAACUGCACAUCCACCAGGCCUUCCUGACAUCUGCCGCCCUAGCUCAAGCUGGAGAUACCCAACCUACCACUUUCUGCACCUAUUCCUUCUAUGACUUUGAAACCCAUUGUACCCCGUUAUCUGUGGGGCCACAGCCCCUCUAUGACUUCACCUCCCAGUAUGUGAUGGAGACAGAUUCCCUUUUCUUACACUACCUUCAAGAGGCUUCAGCCCGGCUUGAUCUACACCAGGCUGUGGCCAGUGAACACAACACUCUUGCUGCAGGAUGGAUUUGCUUUGACAGGGUGCUAGAGACUGUGGAGAAAGUCCAUGGCUUGGCCACACUGAUUGGAGCUGGUGGAGAAGAGUUCGGGGUUCUAGAGUACUGGAUGAGGCUGCGUUUCCCCAUAAAACCCAGCCUACAGGCAUGCAAUAAACGAAAGAAAGCCCAGGUCUACCUGUCAACCAAUGUGCUUGGAGGCCGGAAGGCCCAGGAAGAUGAGUUCAGAUUGGAGUCUUGGGAACCUCAGAACGAGCUGCAGAUUGAAAUCACCAAGUGCUGUGGCCUCCGGAGUCGAUGGCUGGGAACUCAACCCAGUCCAUAUGCUGUGUACCGCUUCUUCACCUUUUCUGACCAUGACACUGCCAUCAUUCCAGCUAGUAACAACCCCUACUUUAGAGACCAGGCUCGAUUCCCGGUGCUUGUGACCUCUGACCUGGACCAAUAUCUGAGACGGGAGGCUCUGUCUAUACAUGUUUUUGAUGAUGAAGACUUAGAGCCUGGCUCAUAUCUUGGCCGAGCCCAAGUGCCUUUACUGCCUCUUGCAAAAAAUGAAUCUAUCAAAGGUGAUUUUAACCUCACUGACCCGGCAGAGAAACCCAACGGGUCUAUUCAAGUGCAACUGAAUUGGAAGUUUCCCUAUAUACCCCCUGAGAGUUUCCUGAAACCAGAAGCUCAGACUAAGGGGAAGGAUACCAAGGACAGUUCAAAGAUCUCAUCUGAAGAGGAAAAGGCUUCAUUUCCUUCCCAGGACCAGAUGGUACCUCCUGGGGUUCCCGUUGAAGCUGGUAAGUAUCAAGCAAGGCGAAAACCUCCUCAUGGGGGAGAAAGAAAGGAAAAGGAGCACCAGGUUGUGAGCUACUCAAGAAGAAAACAUGGCAAAAGAAUAGGCGUUCAAGGGAAGAAUAGAAUGGAGUAUCUUAGCCUUAACAUCUUAAAUGGAAAUACACCAGAGCAGGUGAAUUACACUGAGUGGAAGUUCUCAGAGGCUUAUAGCUCCAUAGGUGAUGGCUUUAAAAAUCAGCACGAGGAAGAGGAAAUGACAUUAUCCCAUUCAGCACUGAAACAGAAAGAACCUCUACAUCCUGUAAAUGCAGAUAAAGAAUCCUCUGAACAAGGUUCUGAAGUCAGUGAAGCACAAACUACAGACAGUGAUGACGUCAUAGUGCCACCCAUGUCUCAGAAAUAUAAGGCAGAUUCAGAGAAGAUGUGCAUUGAAAUUGUCUCCCUGGCCUUCUACCCAGAGGCAGAAGUAAUGUCUGAUGAGAACAUAAAACAGGUGUACGUGGAGUACAAAUUCUACGACCUACCCUUGUCGGAGACAGAGACUCCAGUAUCCCUAAGGAAGCCUAGGGCAGGAGAAGAAAUCUACUUUCACUUUAGCAAGGUAAUAGACCUGGACCCACAGGAGCAGCAAGACCGAAGGCAGUUUCUGUUCGACAUGCUGAAUGGACAAGAUCCUGAUCAAGGACAUUUAAAGUUUACAGUGGUAAGUGAUCCUCUGGAUGAAGAAAAGAAAGAAUGUGAAGAAGUAGGAUAUGCAUAUCUUAAACUGUGGCAGAUCCUGGAGUCAGGAAGAGAUAUUCUAGAGCAACAGCUAGACAUUGUUAGCCCUGAAGAUCUGGCUACCCCAAUAGGAAGGCUGAAGGUUUCCCUUCAAGCAGCUGCUGUCCUCCAUGCUAUUUACAAGGAGAUGACUGAAGAUUAGUUUUCAUGAAGGAAUAAGUGCUAUUCCAAUCUAAAAGUCUCUGAGGGAACCACAGUAAAAAAGUCUCUUAUAAAGUUAACUUGCUAUAA